AUGUUAUCACAUGGCGGUCGCCUAUCACGAUGGCAUCGCGCUUCUUGCCCUGCAUGCAUUAUCAACUUGAACCUUGCGUGGACUGUGGCACUUGUCCUUCUCGCCUUUUUAUAGGUGCGCUUGCAGCCGACGAGGAUCUCCCUGAACGAUGAGCAACGUCAUAAGGAGGCUCCCAAUGACAUAUCCUCAUUGGUGGCCAGAUUCAGCGACUGCGGGUUGGAGACAAACACGAUGAAGCAGCAGAAUCUGCACCGGUCUUAUGCACGUCGACGACUCGUCCCUCAACCCGCAUACCGCGUCCCGCCAGGCUUCCGUCGCUUCACGGUCCCAAUAACAGAUAGAGUGCAAUACAUCUCGUUCUGGUUCGAAGAAGGGGCCCCGUACGGCGGGUUCCAUAUGGCGAGUCUGUAUGAAGAAGAAAUAUCCGUUGCAGACCCCCAUGACGCAGUCUUCCUUGGCUCCGGCAUCACCGAGAUAGACUUCCGGAUCAAGUGGCCCGCGUAUCCGUAUGCGGAGUAUCAUCGCAUCUUGCAGCUGCACGGCCGAGGACACAUGGCGAUGACGCGCGAGCAGCUCGCCCGAUACGUAACCGUCUCGUAUAGAGAAUUCAUUAACGAACAUCGGGACAGGCCUGUCGAGGGUGAUGUUGCAUGGGCUUUCCAGCCGCAGGGAGAUGUAGAUUUCCAAGACCUGUGGCUUCUCGGAUUGCGAUACGUCACUGAGAACACCUAUCAAGCAGAAGUGCUGUACGAACCUCGCCAAUGAAGCUGAGGUGGUUGCGAUUGGCGGUUCGUUGUGAAUGACUAUGUUGCGCGGAGCAAGGCGGUGGGAGGGAAGUAAGAUGUACAUUCGAUCAACUAAGUGGAUCAGUAUCGCGGUAUAUAGAUGGUACAGAAACGAGAGAUUCCAUGUUAUGAAAAUCUGUUGCGCAUCAGCUCCACCGCGCAGUGAACGAGACUGAGGAUUGCAGUACAAGCGACUG